UGUAGUAAAGAAUUUUUUCCUAAUAUCUGACCCAACCCUGCCUUCCUUCAGCUUAAGGCCAUUCCCCUUUGUCCUGUCACUUCAGGCCCUUGUCCAAAGUCCCUCUCCAGCUCUCCUGGAACCCCACUAAACACUGGAAGGGGCUCUAAGUUGUCCCAAGAACCUUCUCUUCUCCAGGCUGAGCAGCUGCACAUCAGUUGGCUUCCAGCCUUCAUUGCAAGGACACGUCCCAAGGCCCCAGGGAGCUGGGGUGUGCCUGUGGGGCUGGAUGGGAUGCUGGGCUGGGGUGCUGAUCUGUUUAUCACUUCCCCUGAGCCCUGGGUCACUGAACCCCGGCUCUCCUGGCCUCGCUGCCCAGCCCUGGGGCUCUUGGUGCCGUUCCUGGUGGCACCCUGGGGCUCCCAGCGCCCGAGGCACGGGCAGGAGGAGUGGAGCAGAUGGGCCGGCCCAGAGCCACAGCUCCCCCGGCCUUGUUCGUUUGCUUGGCUGGGCUCCUUGGCCAUGAGCAGAGCAGAGCAGAGCCGUCCCCCCUGUCCCCAGCGGCUCCCGUUUCUCGGGCAGAUUUCUCCCGGCGAGCCCGCACCCCCUCACCGCCCAGCAGCAAGGCUCGGGGGGAGCCGGGCAGGAGCAGCUGCCAACGCUUCCAUCAUGGCCAGAGGCAGUUUUAAACCCUGGAAGGGCUGUUCCUGGCCGAUCCCCAGAAGGGCUGGUAAGAGGGAAAGUGCUGGCAGCAGCGGCGCCGGCAGCCCGGGGGGGCUGAGCGGGGUGAGAUCAUUUGCACAGGGUGGUCAGAGGCACCGGCUGAGUGCUCUGAGCCAGCUCUGCUGUGAUUUAAUGAAGGUGCUGCAAGUGCUUUGUUGCAGUCUGCCAGGCUGGAGCCCUGUUCUUCUGUGCCCAAACACCUCCUGCCUGGGGUGGCUGCUCCUUCUCUUCCCCCGAGCAUGGCAGGGGACCGUGAGCAUGUGGCUGGGCAGCCGCUGAAGUCAAGUUCAAGUAACUCCCGUGCAAAAGUUACCCAAACCCUGAUAUCUCUGCAGAGUCAAAGGAUCUAUUCAAAAUUCCAGGGGGGUUUGGGUGGUGAUGCCCAGAGUGGUGUGGGACUGGUAGGCACAGCUUCAUCCUGUCCCUGUGGCACCCUGGCCCUCCACCAGGCUUGGUGUCCUGCCCUGAACAAGCACCUUCCUGAUGCAGCAGCAGGGCAGGGCCUGCCAGCACCACUGCAGGAGGGCUGUGUGUGGCUUUGGAGCCACCAGUGUUGGGUUUGGGACCGUUUAGGAUUCCUCCCUCCUGUGUGUGGCUCUGGCCAUGGCCCUGUUGGAGGCAGUCACAGCAGAACUGCUCUGCCAGGUCCUCUCCUCCUGGUGGAUGUUCCCUUCCAGUGGUCUCUGCUGGCAGCAGGAACAGCUUCCAGCACCAACCUCGUGGUCCUGUCUAAGUGGUGUUGGGAUGAGUCCUUCCCAGUGAUGUGCAGUGGCUGAAUGCAUCAGGCUCUGGUUGUCACCUCCCUCAUCCUGCCCAGGGGACAGAGCUCUGCCCAUAGAGCUGCAGAGACUCCCCUGCUGAGCAGCGCCAAAGGGAAAGGGUUCUGUGGGCUGAAUGGCAGUGACAGGAUCUGCUCCUUCCUCCCCCUUUCCCACCACUCUGGAUUUUUACUGCCAGGGAUAUUUAUGACCCAGACAUCAUCUCACAGCUCCAGGUCCCCCGGCACCUGCCCUGCAGUGAUGAGGCUGCAGGCAGCAGCUGGAGCCCAGCUCUGGAGCUGUAUCCCCAUCCCAGUGGGCACAGAGCAGCGGGUGUGGGCAAGCUGGGGUGGUGGCUGGGUCAUUCCUCACUGAGAGGGGCCGGGGACUGGGGGUGCUCUAAGUCUCAGGAACAUCCAGCUAUCCCCAGUGUGGUGACGUCUUGUGUCCCACAGACCUGCAGCCAGCCAGGUGGCCUCAGAGAGGGAACAGGCACAAACCCCACCAGGCCCAGCUCCCUUCAGCAGUGCAGGCAGGAUGGGAGCUGGGUACAGCUGUGGGGGUGGCUGUGCCAAGUCACUGCUGUCCAUGGUGACCACGUGUAGCUGAGCUCAGCUCUGUGUCCAGUGAGACCAGGAAGCUUCCACAUUUCUUGUGCCACUGCAAAGCUGUGGCUACCUGUGAGGCAGAGGCAGCACAGUCCUGCUCCAUCCCAGGAGCAUUCAGGUGGCUGCAGCUGGCUGAACAGAGGGACGUGUGUGUGCCCACGGUCCGUGCUGGAGGAGAGCUGAGCUCAGACUGUCCCUGCAGCAGCGAGGACCCGCCAGUGAACGGUGGCUGUGGGGCAGAUAAAACCAGCACGUGUCUGGGAGCGGCUGUGCACACACCCCUCACAGUGCUCUCUCUCUGGAACCAUCAGGACACUUGCAUGUCUCGGUCAGUGAAGUGGAAUCCCAGCAGGAGAAAUGCCCAGCCUGGGGUCGGGUCCCCAGCCCCGUGUGCAUGGAGGUGCCACGAGAGGGCCCUGGCCGUGCAGGAGCAGAGGAGGGGCAGAUGGUCACGCGUGGGCUGUCCCCUGGAUGGACACCAUCCACCAUCCUGCCUGUUUAUUCUCCCUGUCCGUGCCCAUUAGGGUCGAGCUGCUCACAGAGGUUGAGAUGCCGAGGGCAGAGCGCCCCAUUGCAGAGCAUCCCCCACUCCAAAGCCAUCACUUUGCCACAGAAAACAGUUUGGGGGAAAAGCUCCAGGAACAGCGAACUUGCAGCAGAAUUUCUUUAAGCAGGAAGCACCGGGAUCUCUGCGCUCGGUGUCGCUGGGGGCAGGACAGGGCAGGAGAAGGGGAGCGCGGCGGCUCGCAAGGUGAUGCAUGGCCCUUCCUCAGGGCACAGCGGCCGUCCGCUGCUGUCAGCAGGUAACAGCACCUCUAGGGAGAGCCGGCAGAGCCAUAAAUAGCACGAGGGGCACGAGUGAGCCGCGUCUGGGGGAGGCUGGGGCGGUUUCAGCCGCCGCUUGACACGGACAUUAAUAACGGCAGGGCAGAGCCGGAGCGCUGCGCCAGCAGCAGCCGAGCGCCGCCGCGGGCACAUGGCGGGGCCGGGGCUGCCGGCGGAGGUGCCGCUCGCUCGGCCCGGGGGAUGCAGCUGAGAGGCCGCGUUUGAUGCUGGAGACGGGCGCUGAGAAGCCGGGGCAAAUGCACUCGGAGGAUGAGAAGGCAGCAGUGGGUGAGGCCCUUCUGGCUGCCAAGGCAGCGGCUCUGGCCGAGCCCUGGGAGGCUCUGGGGGCCACCCAGGCUCCUCUCCCAGUGGAAAAGCAUCCGGUGGCCACGGCAAAGGGAGACGAGCAGCCCAGCUCCCUGCCAGCCUUUGUCAUCCCCGAGCUGCGGCUGGACAGCACCUUCAGCCAGAGCCCGGCGGGCACAGCGGGCGGUGCCACGGACGGCGAGGACGAGGAGGAGGAUGAGGAGGAAGAUGAGGACGAGGAGGACGAGGAGGAGGAGGAGGACAGCGACGAGCAGUACCUGGACAGGAAUGAGCUGAAGCGCAGCAGCAUGAUCGAGACGUCGGGCGGGCAGCCUGGCUACACCCUGAGCGUGCAGGGCUCCCUGCGGCGCCGCACGCACAGCGAGGGCAGCCUCCUGCAGGAGGCCAAGGGCCACUGCUUCACCUCAGACACCACCCUCAACUGCUCCGACAGCCAGGGCACUGCUGCACACUGGGCACUGCCCUCCCCGAGGACCCUCAAGAAGGAGCUCGUCAAAAACGGCGGCUCCAUCCACCAGCUGACGCUGCUCUUCUCGGGCCACAGGAAGCUGAGUGGAGCAGACCCUGAGUGCAGCUGUGAUGAAGGGGAUGAGACCUCCCGCAAGAAACGCAGCAAGAGCCUAGCCAAGGACAUGAAGAACCGGCUGGGGAUUUUUCGGCGGCGGAACGAGUCCCCCGGAGCCAACCCCUCCGGCAAGCUGGACAAAGUGCUCAAAUCGCUCAAGCCCACUCCCGAGGAAGCGCUCAAGUGGGGAGACUCCCUGGAGAAGCUGCUGCUGCACAAAUACGGGCUCGCUGCCUUCAGGGCCUUCCUGCGCACCGAGUUCAGCGAGGAGAACCUGGAGUUCUGGCUGGCCUGUGAGGAGUUCAAGAAGAUCAAAUCCCAGUCCAAGAUGGUCUCCAAGGCCAAGAAGAUCUUCGCUGAGUACAUUGCCAUCCAGUCCUGCAAGGAGGUCAACCUGGACUCCUACACACGGGAGCACACCAAGGAGAACCUGCAGAACAUCACCCGCAGCUGCUUCGACCUGGCGCAGAAGAGGAUUUACGGGCUCAUGGAGAAGGACUCGUACCCCCGCUUCCUCCGCUCCGACCUCUACUUGGACAUAAUCAACCAGAAGAAGGGCAGCUCCCCACUGUAGGCCCAAGGACUGUCUCGGGGCAGGCUGGGAGCUGUGUGUUUACAUGGAAUUGGGCAGUGGAGGCCUUCCCAGGAGCUGGUGGGAGCUCGUUGUGCUGCUCGUGCCUCAGGCCGUACGGACAGGGGGCAGCUGAAGGCACUGGGGCCGAGGGCACCGACAGGCCGGGCAGUCUGGCACUGCUGCAGCCCCACCAUCGCUGGUACGACGCCUUCGGGGUGGCUCCGGCGUGGAUUUAGCCAGGAGGGAAGCUCCCACAAGACUACUGUGAAGCACCUGCCCCAGCCAUGAGCAUUGCUGGAAGGUGAAGAGUGAGCCCAGCUUGGCAAGGAGGAGGAGAUCUCAUGCAGGGCUCUGGCAAGGGGACAGCAGCACCGACACAAAUGUGGUCCUGGAUUAAAGCCUUGUGAACUGGAGCAGCCCCAGGACGCUGCUGUGCUCCCCUGUGCCGUGGGGCCUCCCGGCUGCCCCGGAGCAGCUCUGGCAGGAGCCGGCACUUCCUUGGCUCGUGGUGGGUCCCCCUGGGAGCAGCGAGAGCUGGGCCCUUGCCCUGUGCUGGAGGUGUGCAAAGCACCCCCUCCUGCCCUCACCCUGGUUUAUUUAUUGCCCUCCUGUAGCUGGACACGUUGCUGUGUGAUAGGAAACCCCCAUGUCCUCCCCGUUCCCAAGUUACAAGUGCAAUAUUUGUGUGUGUCGCGGCUGAGUUCUCCGGCGGAGUGGAUGCCUUUUUCCUUUUCCGGAUGUGUAGAUUUUGUAAGGUAGCAGGUUUUGUGUGCCAGACCCAUUCCCUGGCAGCGGGCCGCUGGGGGAGCCUGGUGUAAAUAUCAAUAUACUGAUGCCCUGACGACGGAGGGUUUGGUGAUGGAGAAGAGCAACUCUGGCAGCAGCCGCUCUCCUGACUCUGGAUAACAAUGCUGUGUUUGGGAAGCGGGGGUUCCUGCUGGCCCUGGCAGGGCAGGGUGCGCUGCCUGCCUCCCAGUUUACAGUGCAAAGCAUCUCUGCAGCUAGAAAAAACCUACAUUGUCAUGGUCAUAGGUAAAUAAAAGGAGAAUAUAAUUUCUUGUA